CACAAACACACACACACACACACACUAGCUAGCUCUCCUGAGCCCAGUCAGUUCAGCGAUAUCCUGUUCUUUCAACAAGGCAGGCUGUCUCUGUCUUCUCUUCUGUGUGUUUCCCCAUGGAACUCUAGUUUUUGUUAUUUCUUUUUUUUGUGACCUAAAAGCUGCUCCUCUUCUGAUUUCGGACUUCUGUUUCUUUCCUUCUUUUUUUCUCCUGUUGGAUUCUAAUUCCCCUGCUCCUCCGCCUGGCUCACCUCUCUCUCAGUCUGCAUUCCACCCUCUCCUUUUCCCCUCACUUUUUUUCUCCUUCGUCCCUCCAUUGUUCCUCCUCUCUUUUCCUUUUGCCUGGCUAUGCACUAUGCUCUCCUCCCCUACUGUGAUUCUUCAGCCGUAUGGACUCCCCGUCUACCCACAGACAGCCUCCUGCUACCCCGGCAUUGUACAGGGUACCCCCGGCCAGGAGGCGGGGCCAACCGGUGGUGACCCCAACCUCCCUCAGGUGUACGCCCCUCCCCCUUCCUAUCCUCCACCUGGGCAGGGCCCUCCCACGCCUGCUGGCAGGCUGCCACCCCUGGACUUCAGCCCGGUCCACCCCGGCUCAGAGUACCAGGAGCACCACCAGCUCAGGGUGUUUCAGGGCCCACACGAGGGGCCGGACUCCCUCUCAGCCAAUAGCGUGGAUGACUCCUUGGUUCCCGUCACCUCUGACUCUCAGUCUCUGAGCGUUUCCGUGCAGACGGGGGGUGGAGCAGGAAGUGGAAGUGAUGACGAGGGGUCUGGCAAAGCCCAGCCCAAACGGCUCCAUGUCUCUAACAUCCCCUUCCGAUUUCGCGACCCCGACCUGAGGCAAAUGUUUGGGCAAUUUGGCAAGAUCCUGGAUGUGGAGAUCAUCUUCAAUGAGAGAGGGUCAAAGGGCUUCGGGUUUGUGACCUUUGAGAGCGCUAUGGAGGCAGAUCGAGCUAGGGAGAAACUCAACGGAACCAUCGUGGAGGGGAGGAAGAUUGAGGUGAAUAAUGCUACAGCCAGAGUAGUCACAAAGAAGCCCCAGACUCCGUUGGUGAACAGUACGGAUCAACUCGCUGCCACCGGCUGGAAGAUGAUGGGAGCCAACCCGAUGAUGGGAGCCAUGUACGCGCCUGAGCUCUACACAGUUGCCAGUUUCCCCUAUCCUAUGCCUACGCCAACCUUAUCCUACAGAGGCCCCGCCUUACGAGGGCGUGGUCGAGCAGUCUACAACACUAUUCGCUCAGCUGCAACAGCCGCACCCACUGCUGUCCAAGCCUAUCCGGGUGUGGUGUAUCAGGAUGGCCUGUAUGGAACCGAAGUUUAUGGAGGCUAUCCUGCAGCAUACAGAGUAGCCCAGUCAGCCUCAGCAGCCACGGCAGCAGCCUACAGUGAUGGGUAUGGACGUGUGUACGCCUCUACUACAGACCCCUAUCACCACUCGGUUGGACCAACAACGACUUAUGGAGUUGGAACCAUGGCAAGCUUGUACAGAGGAGGAUACAACCGCUUCACUCCCUACUGAGCCCCAGAGCAGCCCGGCCUCUAGGACAUCAGGUGCUGAGAGUUCAUCCUGGAAAAGGCUCUGUCAUGUCCUCUGUAGCCCCCACCCCCACUCCCAAAAAUACUCUAAUGUGACUGUACAUACUGUAGGGAAAUUUCAAAGUAUUUAUUGUAGUACCAAAGAAAGGGUGACAUUAUUUAUGAUAUAAUUAUUUAGGAUAAUUAUUUUAAAACAGAAUUGUGGAAGACCCAUGUUUGGUAAAAACGCCCUAAAUACACAGAUCCCUCCACAACCCAUAAAUAGGGAGUUUCGCUCAGACUGAUGGAGAAACUCAACUUCCGUACAGGCAAUAGGUCAAUGCAACUUUACAGGGCUUCAUUUUGUACAGUUUGUUUUUAAGACACAGUCUUGGGUUCUUCUCCCUUCUAAGAGCCAAUCAUUUUAUACAGCCUUUAAAGAUCAAGUUCUUUUGGACAAUUGUGUUUCCUGUGACGUGUUUAGGGCACUGUUUGUGUGUUACAUGGGUGGUUGUGUUGUUGUUCUGUGUGUGUGCGUGUGUGUGUGUGUGUGUGUGUGUGUUUGAGUGUGGGAUGACGUAGUUCUCAGAAAAUGACAAACUGUGAGGUACAGCAACUGCACAGGCGCAGAGGAAGUGCCUUAGAGACACACACCUCAGACGAACUCUGUGAAUCUACCUCUGAUUUAAGCUUACGUUGUUCACACUUCAAAAGAAUGCUGUUUUUACACUCAUCUUAUAUGUGCUGUACAGCCAAUUAACAAGCCUAAUGCUGAGAGGCUAUGAGUUCUCAUGUGCAAUAUUUUUAAGUGGCUAUGUUUGGUGCCAAGCAAACCUCACUAACUAACUCUCUCUAGAGUACUGCUGUCAUGUAUUUCUAUUUCUGUUUUUUCCUUUAAUUAUUCCUUCCCUGCUGUGCAUCUCUUUCUGCUGUGUCAUACUUCAUCCCUUAUUUUCACCCUGAAUAGCAGCUGAUGCUGGAACAGUUCAAGUCCAGUUGUGGUGCUGGUCCGGUAGGUCCACGCUGGAUCAGGGUCAGAUCUGAGGUGCGUUCAAAAUAACAAAGCAAAGGCAAAUGUCUGCCAACGUUUUCAAACCGUUUUUCGUUUGCUUUGAGUUCAUUGCGAACACACACACACACACACAAGUGGUCUGAGGAGGUAGUUCUCGGCGAGCAAACAUGGACACUGGACUAAAGGGUUACAGUUUAAAAUUUGAAAUGUUUACACAAAAAAUUCCCAAAUUGAAAAGUUCAAAGAAAACGUGAAAUUGAACGCACCUCUGGCGCUGGUCCAGUUGUCUAGUUUAGUCAAGUCUGGAUCUGUUCUAACCUCAGCUGCUGUCUGGGUACUGUACAUACUUCAAUGAGUUUGUGACUCUGCUGUUUAUUUCUCUCAAUAAAACUCCCUUUUGUCAUCCUA